UGCCUGCAUUUAUGUUACUUGAGGAAGUAGUAUUGGUCUUCACUAGCUCUGUCCUGUAUACAGUAGUGCACUAGCCAGCAUGGAGCUAGCAUAGUACUAUAAAUAUUCGAGACUCGUUCUAACUUUCAGAUCAUCCAGAGCUAGCAAAACAGACACUGUCAGCGAUACAGGCUCUUCUCUUUUGCAUUUUCAAAUUGAGGAAAGAUGGGGAAGUUUUCUAAGUUUGUUGGAGUUUUUGCUGUGAUGCUUGUAGUGGUGGUAGCCAUAGCCGAGUGUAGGAAGCUUGAGAAAGAAACGUUUUCGGAAGGUGGUGUUGGAGGUGGCGCAGGAGGUGGUGCAGGUGGAGGCUUUGGCGGUGGUAAAGGUGGCGGCGUUGGAGUAGGAGGUGGAGUUGGUGGUGGAGGAGGAGCGGGUGGUGGUGCAGGUGGAGGCUUUGGGGGUGGUAAAGGUGGUGGUGUUGGAGGAGGAAGCGGUGGAGGUGUUGGCGGAGGAAGCGGUGGGGGCGGAGGUGUUGGUGGAGGCUUUGGGGGUGGUAAAGGUGGUGGUGCUGGGGGAGGAGUUGGUGGAGGAAGUGGUAAAGGUGGAGGUGUUGGUGGAGGCUCUGGAGGAGGUGUUGGUGGAGGAAGCGGUGCUGGUGGAGGCUUUGGGGGUGGUGCUGGGGGAGGAGUUGGUGGAGGAAGUGGUAAAGGUGGAGGUGUUGGUGGAGGCUCCGGAGGAGGAGUUGGUGGAGGAAGCGGGGCUGGUGGAGGCUUUGGGGGUGGUAAAGGUGGUGGUGCUGGGGGAGGAGUUGGUGGAGGCUCUGGAGGAGGAGUUGGUGGAGGAAGCGGUGCUGGUGGAGGCUUUGGCGGUGGUAAAGGUGGUGGUGCUGGGGGAGGAGUUGGUGGAGGAAGCGGUGGUGGCGGAGGUGUUGGUGGAGGCUCUGGAGGUGGUGUUGGGGGAGGAGCGGGUGGCGGAGGCGGUGUCGGUGGAGGUGCUGGCGGAGGCGCUGGGGGCGGUUUUGGAGGAGGAGCCGGUGGCGGUGCUGGUGGAGGUGCUGGUGGAGGAUUCGGAGGAGGCGGUGGAGCUGGUGGUGGUGGGGGAAUUGGUGGUGGGUUUUAAAUCACCAAUCUAGUCAGCUAGCUAGAGCAUGCAAAGUCGUGCAAGACGAUACAUGCUCGUGCAUGGAGAUUGUAUCACCUAUCUAUACUAGAGAAUAAAUCAAUUAAGAGCUGUAAACGUGCUUUAUCAUUUUAAUAGCUAACGCUUCGUGCGAAACUUUUGUUCUUAA